GACGCGCCCGCAUCAAAACUCGGCAUAUGGCUAAAAGUUUUUAUCCAUCGUCGCCGUCACCAACCGUAGCUGUACGGGCCGAAGAACGCGAUGGAUAUCAACGAUCUCUUGGCGCAAGACGUUUCUGGUCUCAGCGAUAUGUCUGAUGACGAAGACAUCCCCUAUGAGCCGCUUGUGAACCUUGAAGGGAUAGCGAAGGACGUAUAUGACCCGUCCAAGACGUGGCAGGAAAACGAAGGCAUUCCGGAUCCUGUUCCCGACCCCAUUCCCGAUACAGACGAUGAGGACCGCGACCCUGAAUUGCGAGCUACAAUGCCGCGGCGCACUACCAAACGAAGCCGCCUGACAUCGCGAGCACCGAGAUCAGCCAACAGAGUUCAGAAAAAGAGGCCACAGAAAAAGGUUGCGGGAGCGCCGGCACGCACCAGAUUGGUAUUCUCUGCCGGUAUGGCUGCCCGGAUGAUGGAACUGUUUUCUGGAGAGGUGCGCGCUGGCAAUUUCGGGAACAACAAGACCGAAUAUCCGCGGCGGAUUAUGGAGCGGGUACGCAAGACGAUGGAGUCCGAAUACCCUGGGCACCCGUGGACCGUGACGAAGCUGGAGUACAAGCUGAGGAAAGAGGAGAACCGAUAUAGACUGUUGCUUGCUCUUUUGGCGAUGCCAGGCGCCAAAUAUGACGAGCUGAGCGGCCUACCCCAGGCGCCAGAAAACGUUUGGGCGAAAUUCCUUGCUGAGCACCCAGAGGGGCGAUGGUUGCAAACCCAACCACUGGGCGAUCGUACGGCUUAUGCAGAUGUCUACCAUCGCUGGGUUGCAACAGGCCAGUAUAUCGUACCGGCGAGCGCAUUGGUCGGCCGCUUCUCAGACUCCGAUAGCGACAUGGACUCCGACCUGGACUCCGAUGACAUCGACUCCGACCUGGACUCCGACGGCAUCGACUCCGACCUGGACUCCGACGACAUCGACUCCGACGACAUCGACUCCGACGACUCAUACAAUAGAGAGUUGGAGGCGAGGUUAGCGCGCACGAUGGCCGCAAUGGCGCGCGCGAUGGAGCCCGAGCCGUUUCCCGGCGCCAAAGAUUGCCGGGUGGCUUGUAAGGCCGUUCAACGGGACUUUGCGGGGAAGAUGACGGUCAAAGAAAUGGCCGAAGUUAUCAGCAAAUUUGUCGACCCCAAGUGCGCAAUUGCGUGGAAUCGGCUAUCAACAGAGGGCCAAGCCGAGCUCGCGAGGGAAUGGCUGGGAAAAUAAUUGGGUGGAUGUGGACGAGGGUACCAUUUCGAUGUAUUUGACUGUAUAACUCUGUACCUACCUAGAUAUUGAUACAUUUCACUCACUCAAUUACACAUGCACUUCGUACGUGCAUUACAUACAAAAUAGGUUGUGGUUUGGUCCGUCCCGAGUUGCUGUUGAGACAGUGAUGUGAUGCGCCAGGGACCGUGCACU